CUGGAAGCUUGAUUUCUUUCAAAAUCCAAUCACGUUGCAUUGAUAUGGAAUCUCCUCAUUGACAUUGACAAAGCUUCACUAGGUAGUUGCAAGUUCAUCUGACUGGAGAUUCUUCGUCCACCCCUGCAGCCUGAGGCAUGUGAUGGAGCCUUGUCUUCUACUUUUUCAAUUGAACUGAACUUUCACUUCCAUCUCCACUGAACAUUGAACAGAACAUCCAAGCUCUGUAAGUACUUCACAAACUACUAGAACCAUUAUGCGCUGCAUUACUGAUUCUCUUUCAGCUUCAUACAAAAUCCACCACCAAUAUGCAACUCUCAGAAGAAACCAAGGUCUAUACUCCUCUGAUGCCAUCUCUGUGCCAUCAACUAACCUCAAAGCAGGAGCGCAUUGGAAAGUUCAUUGAUCUCUCUCGUGUCGCAAUUCAUUAGUACGUUCAUCUGCAUUUGCGUUGCAAAAGAACAUAUGCUAACAAGAAUUCAGUGGCUACCUUCCUCUAAUUGUCUACCUUGGUAUGACGCACCGAAUCUUUGUUAAGUCAAUAUAACUGACCAAAACAGGAUAUACACGCAGCGAGCCUCGACCAUCGCUCAUCAGGUAUACCAACACCCUUUCCUCUAUACACCACUUUUAUCGUCCUAAUCAUGUGAACAGACUCUUCUCUCCACUCGCAUAAACGUUCUUUUCGAAAUGCCGAAUUUACGAAUCUCUCACAAACUACACGAUGGGAAUAUGGGAUGAAGUCAAGCAGUUUUACGAUUGGGCGCCAUUUCCAUUUGGGAAAGGGCCAAAUGGUUGUAGCAUAGGAAGGCGUUUGUUCUGGGGAAUGGAUACGAAAAC